AUGGUGUCAGCAUUGGACAUGGCCGGGGGACCCUGGUCCAUGGCAAUCACAACAUGCGUCGCGGCGCUCGUCUACUUCUGUGUGAAGUUUUAUGCUGCGCGUCAGACGAUAUGGCGAAUGCAGCGAGCAGGAUUGCCAAUGCCGUAUUACUCUUCCCUAGGCGGGCACUUCCCACUCAUAAAACAGAUCAUGGGAACUUUACCUUCAGACAGUAUCAUCCACAACAUCAUGUGGAAGAUAUCAGAAGACUAUUCCAAUGGCAUCUUCUACUUGAGUCUUUGGCCUUUUAGCGGCACCAUGAUGGUUCUCGCAGACGCUGACGCGGCGUCGCAGCUCGAUAGCCUGGCUCUCGGUAAAGGGCUCGACAUAAUUGACCCCAUUGAGAAGGUCACUGGUGGAAAGAGCCUGUUGACCAUGAAAGGAGAUGAAUGGAAGCACUGGCGACGCUUGUUCAAUCCGGGUUUCAGUGCUGGGUACAUGAUGGGCUUGACGUCUGUCAUCGCAGAUGAAGUGGGCAUUUUUCGCCAGAAACUUCUGGCCAAAUGCACAACAGGACAGAGCGAAGUGUUCUUACUCGAGGAUCUGACCCUGAAGAUGACCUUCGAUAUAAUCGGGUCUGUUGUGCUUUGGAUCGCUUCGCUUUUCAUCGAUGAUUAUCUUAAGGAAUUGGGAGAGGAAAAUCUAGGCAAGAGAGAGAACCCGGACACCACGCAGCAGAUCAAACAUAUCAUCACACCCCAGGUACGACUUUUCCUGUUUGCAGGUCAUGAUACGACUAGCAGCACCCUGUUGUACUGCUAUUAUCUCUUCUCCCAGAACCCGGAGAUCAUAUCUCGCACCAUAGCCGAACAUAACGAAGUCUUUGGAACAGACCCAUCACAGGUUCAGGAUAAAAUUCAUAAGGACCCUCAACUUCUUAACAUGAUACCCUACACCGUGGCGUUCAUCAAAGAGGUUCUACGCAUAUUUGCCCCGGCCGGUGCUAUGCGUCAAGGACGUUCCAACGUCCAGAUAAUCGACGCGGACGGCCGCGUACUCCCCACAGAAGGUUGCAACGUCUGGACUCUUGUGCAGGCUAUACAUCACAACCCCAAGUACUGGAAAGAUCCUGAUGCUUGCAUUCCUGAGCGUUGGCUCGUUGGCCCGGAAGACCCAUUAUAUCCCCAUAAGGGCGCCUGGCGGCCAUUUGAGUGGGGUCCACGGAACUGCAUCGGGCAGACGUUGGCGAUGCUCGAGUUGAGAAUCGCGCUGGUCAUGACUGUGAGAGAGUUUGUCAUCAAGCCUGCGUACGAAGACUGGGAUAAGCUUCAUCCUAAAUCCGGUAUUCGUAGCGUCAAAGGUAAUAGGGCGUAUCAAGCAGUAAAGGGCGGGGGCGGGGCACAUCCGGCAGAUGGAUUCCCUGUGAGGAUUGGCCUACGGAGUUGUUGA